AUGCCUCUUCAUGUCAUCGCUGGUCAAUGUCUUUCUCGUUUCGGUUCUUUACUCAAGACAAGUAUUCGCGCCCUUUUAGUUCUUACUGUAUGGUUGAUCUUAUUACCCUAUGUGACUUUAUGGAUUUGGCGUUUAUAUUUUUGGUCAAGUGAAAGUAUUGGUUCUUCUUUUGACAAAUCAAAUAACACGCCACUAUUUAACUAUAGUAUUUCUGAAUUCCUGGCUGAUUGUUUUGAAGGACAAAUCAUUACUUUACUCAUCAUCACUGUUGUGGUAGCUGGUUACCUCUUCAGAGAAUGGGUCAUUCAAAACACUCCCGUAGAAACCAAUCAAGAUGUCGAAUUGGAACAAGAUCUUACCAAUACAACUUAUCAACAAGAGUCUAUUACUAUCGAUAAUUCAUCACUUUCACCAUUAGCUCGACAACAGAUGGCUGUAGAUGCUUUAUUGAAUGCAUUAGAUGAUAUGGAUGAUCAUGAACAACCUAUACCCAGAAGUAGUAUUGAUAUCAAAAACAAAUUGGAAGGUAUACAACUUGAUUUACAUCAAAAGCGGAAUGACACGGAAUCACCAUCUUCAACCUAUAACAAACUUGAACACGUUAUCAGUGAUAAUGACGAUACUCGCAGCAGGUCUUCGGUAUCAACACCAUCUUCCUCCAUAACACAAAUAGAACAAAUACCAACACAACAAAGAUAUACCUCGAAUCAAGCCAAUAGAAUGAUGGAACCGAGUGAAAUUGUGGAUAUGAAUAACGACAAUGAUGAUGAUGACGAUGACGAGGAUGAUUUAUUUAUUGAAGAUGAUAUCGAUGGCGUUCUAGAAGCUAUUGGUAUGCGUGGCAAUCCGUGGUUAUUACUUCAAAACUCUGUUCUUGUAUGUGUGAUGAUCUGUCUCUGUCUUGGUAUCGCCGUUUGGAUUCCUUAUAUUAUUGGCCGUUUGAUUAUUUUGGUUCAUCCUAUCAGCUUUGUUCGAACAAUAGGUCAUGUCCUACAAUAUGUCACUGACCCAAUUAUGGAUUACAUCCUUGAUCGUUACUUGACAACAACAACAACGACAACUUCUUCAUCAUCAAGGCUUACCACGUUAUUUGAAUUAUUUUCUGGGAAUAUUCUUGGACAACCCUUCUUCACUCAUGCCUUGAAUGCUUGUACGACAUUGACAUGGCAACAACAUAAAAUGGACAUGGAAUUUUGGAAAUUAAGUACUCAUAAACUGGUCUACUUUUUGGGAAGAAUCACACAACGAUGGCACCAAUUUGCUGAGGGGCAUACCGGAUUGGAUCGAAGUGUUUGUACGCUGGUGGGCUAUUCGGUAUUGUUCUUGAUAUGUUUUUGGUAUUUGACUUGUUAUCGACAACAAUCCAACACGAAGACAUACAUACAACAAUCAAUAGAUGAACUCAUUCGACAACAAGGCAUCUUUUUCAAGGUAUUUUCCUUUGUAGCAUUGGAAUUGGUGGUACUUCCUUUGAUCUGUGGUAUUCUUUUGGAUUUGGCGACUCUACCCUUGAUUGCUAAUGCCUCCAUUUCCACUCGAUGGACAUUUGCAAUAAUGCAUCCUUACUCAAGUAGUUUUCUUCAUUGGCUUGUUGGCACUGGCUUCAUGUUCCAUUUUGCAAUGUUUGUCACACUCUGCCGAGAAAUUGUGCGACCUGGUGUAUUGUGGUUUAUUCGUGAUCCCAAUGAUCCUCAGUUCCAUCCGGUACAAGAAAUUAUGCAACGACCUUUCUUGCUUUUGCUUCGCAAGAUUUGUACAGGUGCUUUGAUCUAUUUGGCUUUGAUUGUGAUUGGCAUAGGCACUGUUACUUGGGGUGUGAGUCAAUAUGCUGGUAUUUAUCCUCUUCGUUGGCCUUUUGAUGAACCAUUAUCGACAUUAGCAAUUGAUAUUUUGGCUGCACAAUUUCUUAUUCCUCUUUUGGUGGCAUAUAUCAAACCUCGUGCUUUUUGUAAACAGGUGUUGACAUUAUGGUGGCAUGCAGCUUCUUGUCGACUUCGAUUAUCUUCGUUCAUGUUUGGUGGUAGAUAUCCUGAAGAAGAGGGUUGUUUUAUUCGUCCUACAUGGAAAUCCUGGCUUUUACGUGAAACAUGUUCUCGUCAACACGAUGAUGAUGUGAUAAUAGAUAACAAAAUGAAAGUCGUGUCAUUUCAAUCGGAUGGACAACUGGUGCGUGUUCCGAAACGUGAUAGUGUCAUGGUACGUCCUGAACGAAGAAUGAUGGUACCGGUGGAUCCAAUAACUCUUGAACCUCUUGAUCCUAUGGAAAAACAUCUAGGGCAUCCUGCAGCUGAUGAAGAUAAUGGUGGUGAAGAACACAAUACUACAAUUGUUUAUAUUCCUCCUCAUUUUGAAAUCAGGGUGAUUUUGUUCUUGUUCUCAAUGUGGUUCUCUGGUUCAGUAAUGACUUGUUCCAUUACUGUGGCGCCAUUACUUUUGGGAAGAUCUAUUUUUGAAACGUAUCUUUUUGGUGGCAAACAAGUCCAUGAUCUCUAUGCAUUUGUGAUAGGUGCUUAUGUUAUGGUGUUACUUAGUAUUUCCAUCAAUUGGCUUGCUCGUGGAUUGGAUUAUUGUCUGAAUAGACAUAUUCAUGGAGGAUGGAUGGUGCUUUUGACUCGGUUUUUGAAACAUGGGUGCAAGAUGGUGUAUCUGACAUUGAUGAUUGGAUGGGUGAUUCCGUUAUUCGUAGGGGUAGCGAUUGAUUUAUACGUGUUUAUGCCAAUACGUUAUUCAUCUUCUAAUCAUACGCUGGUACUUCACUUAGCAGAAGAUUGGUCAUAUGGAAUUCUUUAUCUUGGUAUUAUUCAUGGUGUGAUAUAUCUUUUACCUACUAACCAAUGGCAAAGGAUAUUAGAUCAAUAUAUUUCGGAUGGACUGACAUUAUUGAAUAUUGACCAUUUGACUCGUACUAUUUUUGGACCUUUGCUAUUGGGUAUAAUAUUAUCUAUGAUGAUUCCUGGAGGAUUGGCUUGGAUGAUGAUUCAAUUACUAGGUAAAAUAAUAACAAUAAUAUAA